AUGCGAGGUAUGUGGAAUGGAUUACAAGCUUUGAUUUUGAAUGAUUGCCCAUAUGCUUACUACAUCCACUGUUUUGCACAUCGCUUACAAUUGGCAUUAGUAAAAGCAUCAAAACAAGUUAAUGCCAUUAGUCAUUUUUUUCUUGCAUUGCUUUUUCUGAUCAAAACUGUUAAUGCUUCAUGCAAGCGCAAUAAUCAAUUGAAAGUUGUCAAUGCUAAUGAAAUAACACGUUUGAUUGAUCUUGAAGAGCUUGAGACUGGAAGUGGACUUAAUCAAAUUGGCACUUUACAACGACCUGUAGAAACAUGUUGGAGUUCAUAUUUUAGAUCAGUUUCUAGCUUAUUAAGGAUGUUUACUUCAACUGUUGAAGUUUUACAAAAUAUAAUUGAUGAUGUAGUUGAUGGAGAACAUCGGGUAGAAGCAGAGUCAGCUUAUGAGGGUUUAACUUCAUUUGAAUUUGUCUUCAUCUUGCAUCUUGAGAAGGAAACUAUGGAGAUCACUGAUAAACUUUGUCAAGCUUUGCAAAGCCAAUCUCAAGACAUUUUAAAUACCAUGCAUUUAAUUUCAUCUAUUAAAGAACUAAAUUAUCGGUUUAAUGAAGAUGCAAUGGAGUUACUUAGGCUUAGCUCCGCUUUAGAACCUCGAGAGGCAUUAAAAUCUUUCAGAAGUAGUGAUCUUUGUUUGUUGGUAGAGAAUUUCUAUCUACAAAAUUUCACAGAUUAUGACAAACAAGUGUUGAAGAAGGAGUUUUAUCAUUUUGAGCAUAAUGUAGUCCAGGAUCCAGAGUUCAAAGAAUUGAAAAGUUUAUCUGAGUUGUCUCAAUGGUUAGUGAGAACUAGAAAUUCAGAACACUACAAACCUUUUUAUAGAAUGGUGAGACUUGUGCUUAUUCUUCCAGUUUCUACUGCUACUACAGAGUGA